UUUCCAGCCUCUGCGUCAUGGGCAUUGUAAAGAAGAUUGCAGUGAAAUGCGUGACGGUGUUCCUCUCUCUGUGUGUCUCUGCUGUGCUCAUCGUAAACCUUUUCUACCGGAGAUGGAAGAUUGGAAAAGAUUUUUUCUGUGUAAAGACCCACGUAGCACCACAGAUUCUCUUAGAUCCUGAUCUUGGGACUCACAAUUACAUAUACCUGCAGAAUCAAGGUAUUAAACUCCACUACAUAGAAAAAGGCGACAGAAACAAACCUCUGAUGCUCCUUGUCCAUGGUUUUUACGAGAGCUGGUUUUCAUGGAGACACCAACUCCAAGAAUUUUCCUCAGAUUAUUGGGUCGUUGCAGUUAGUUUACGUGGAUAUGGUGAUUCAGAGAGGCCUUCGAAAACUUCAGAAUAUACGUUGAUGAAAAUGGUCGAGGAUCUUCGGGAAUUUAUUCUUGCACUUGGAAAGGAGAAGUGUACUCUCCUAGGCCAUGACGGAGGAGCAGUUGUGGGCUGGGUAUUAGUGGGCAAGUACCCUGAUUUGUUCCAAAGGUUCAUUACUUGCAACGGCUCACAUCCCUUAGCGUAUAGGAUGCAUCUACGGAAAUCUUUUAAACAAAUGAAGAAGGCUUGGUAUGUAUUUUUCAACCAAAUGCCAUACCUUCCAGAGCUGUGCUUGGCUGUUAAUGAUUACGAAGAACUGACCAGGCUUUACAGUGAAGAUAAUAAGAAUACAGAGGUAUUUACUGAAGAAGUUAUAGAGGCUUAUAAGUAUUAUUUCUCUCAAAAAGGUGCCCUGUCUGCAGCGGUGAACUUUUAUCGUAAUAUUGAUUUCACGUCAUCUCUUCACAUUCCGAAGAUAAGGGUCCCAACUCUUAUCAUUUGGGGAAGCGAAAAUACUUUCCUUCAGACAGAACUUGCAAAAUUAUCAGCAGGAGAGUGUGAGGACGUGCAGCUGAAAUACAUCGAUGGUGCCGGCCACUUUGUCCAGCAACAGGAGCCGGUGUAUUUGAACAAGCUUGUUUGGGAGUAUCUCAGCAUUACUCAGUAAAGCUGUUAUAUAUGAAAGACCCUUUGCCAGGAUGGAAGUGUCUUAUUAAUUGUAAUUCUGACACUAAAAGUCAUUUGAAUUUUGUAAAGUAAGUUUUGUAAAGAUGUAAAAUGCCACACAAUGAGAUUAAUAUACUCAAGGGAUUAUAA